UAUGAUUCCAACAGCAACAGUCGCCAGUUUUAGCUCCUCAGCAAUCUGUUCAAGAUCCACAGGCAUCAACAACUUUUCGGCCUCCAAGACCUGCAAUGAGGCCUGCUGGGGUGGAUGCACGGAAGCUUCAAGAACCUGGAAGUAGUCAGUCCAAACAGCUUAUGCAGGCUCCUAUGGCACCUUUGACCUGGCAUUUUCCAGUAAUGCCAGAAGAACCCCAACAGCCAGAUGUGCCUUUUGAGCCGCGUGUACCUAUAGCUCCCCAGAGUGUUGCAGCACAAUGUGGGGAGAACUUUGUGCAUGUGGAGGUUAAGAAGGACUUCUUUGGUACUGGUCAGCUGGUGAAUCCUUCAUUUCUCACUUUAGGAGGCUGUGCAGCUGUAGGGGAGAAUCCAGAAGCUGAAGUUCUUAUAUUUGAGUAUGAGCUCCAGACAUGUGACCGCUCUCUGGUGAUGACUGAUAAUGAGCUUGUGUAUACAUUCAACCUCCUCUAUACUCCUGCGGCUUUAGUAGGAACUCCCAUUGUAAGGGCUGAUGUAGCAGCUGUUGGAAUUGAGUGCCACUAUUCAAGGUUGCAUAAUGUAAGCAGCGAUAUCUUGUUGCCCGCUUGGGUUCCUUUUGCUGCAACUAAAGUUGCAGAGGAAGUUCUGGUGAUCUCCUUGAGGCUCAUGACUGAUGACUGGAUGUUUGAGAGGCCAUCCAAUCAAUACUUCCUAGGGCAGUUCCUGAAGCUUGAAGCCCCCCCCUCCCCCCCUCCACGCAUUCUCUUCAGGUGCCUGGUAGAUGCAAAGCUUACAGGCUCCACUUCCAGCUUCAUGCGUCGUAUUCAGAGUGACAAGCUGCAGUUUCAGUUAGAGGCUUUCAGAUUCCAGCAAGAUGAUAGUGGCUUGGUGUACAUCACCUGUGCUCUAAAGGCAGUCAUGGCCUCAACCCCCACAUGUCCAGAGAACAAGAUGACAAUGACCAGGUGUGCAUGUGCUGUGACUGCACGUGUGGUUUCGGCAGAAAGGGACAAGCACUGUCUGAUUCAGGUAACCUAA